UAAUUUUCGAAAUCUUCGUCAAACGUGCCCAGAACCAAGAGCUUACCACAGAAUCUGAUGCCAUUUUUCGUAAUCGCCAAUCUGGAUCAGCUUAAGAUCAUAAGCCAUUUUUCGUAUGACUCGUCUCUGUUCACCAAAUCAAGGCAUGUUAUUAAGAGUAUAGACGAAUGUAUCUACUCUAAUUCCACCGGAGAGCUUCGUUUCCCGUUUUUGAUGUUGUUGCAUCGCUUAUCUGAUUAAUUCAUGGCUCUUUUCAUUUCUUGUGGGGAAGUUUCAUCUUCCCAGGUCACUGUACUUCGCUUACUCAACCAAAGCCUUGAUUUUGUUAGUGACAAUGUUGCUAGGAUCUUUGCUCCUAUUUUCACCAACUUGAGGGACUUUGAAAUGCGUCUUUCCUGUAUUGAACGUCCUCAAUCCACUCCUGUCAAUCAUACUCACUCUUGCGCCGAGAACUGGUUUUCUGAUAGAAAAGAUUAUGACCAGAAAGGAGACCCGGAAGCUAUUUUUAAUGUAUUGGAUUCAAUUUUGAAAAGCAGUUUGGAUCGUCUAGCUUCUUUGAGGGAGAGUGUAUGUCGGACAAAGAACUUUGAUUAUGAUGAUUCUUUAUCUAUUCACUCGUCUAUAAUGAGGGAUCUCUGUUUACAAGGGAAGUUGGAUGCUGCUCUCUGGCUACGGAGAAAAAUGAUACUGAGUGGAUUUAUUCCAGGUUUGUUCACGCACAAUCAUCUUAUAAAUGGGUUGUGUAAAUUAGGUCAUAUCGAGAAGGCAGACGGGCUUGUUAGAGAGAUGAGAGAUAUGGGUCCUUCUCCAAACUGUGUCUCUUAUAACACCUUAAUCAAGGGUCUUUGCAGUGUUAACAAUGUAGAUAAAGCUCUGUAUCUCUUCAGUACUAUGAAUAAAUAUGGUAUUAAGCCAAAUAGAGUGACUUGCAACAUAAUUGUGCAUGCACUUUGCCAGAAAGGUGUUAUAGGAAACAACAACACAAAACUUCUUGAAGAGAUCUUAGAUCGUAGCCAGGCGAACGCACCCUUGGAUAUAGUCGCCUGUACCAUUCUGAUGGAUAGUUGUUUUAGGAAUGGAAAUCUGGUUCAAGCCCUUGAGGUGUGGAAGGAGAUGUCACAUAAAAAAGUCCCUGCUGAUUCAGUUGUGUACAAUGUCAUUAUUCGUGGGUUAUGUUUGAGUGGAAACAUGGUAGCUGCUUAUGGGUUCAUGUGUGACAUGGUAAAGAGAGGAGAAAAUCCUGAUCUUUUCACUUACAACACUCUCAUAAGCGCCUUGUGCAAAGAGGGGAAGUUUGAUGAGGCAUGUGAUCUCCAUGCUACCAUGCUAAAUGUUGGUGUUGCUCCUGAUCAGAUCUCAUACAAAGUUAUCAUUCAAGGUCUAUGUAUAAAGGGAGAUGUGGAAAGGGCAAACAAUUUCUUUCUAAGCAUGCUAACUAGUUCUCUGCUUCCAGAGGCUCUGCUAUGGAAUGUGGUUAUUGAUGGUUAUGGAAGAUGUGGGGAUACUAGCAGUGCUUUAUCUGUCCUAAAUCUAAUGCUUUCUUACGGUAUUGAACCAAAUAUUUACACAAACAACGCUUUGAUUCAUGGGUAUGUGAAAGGGAAAAGGUUCAUUGAUGCAUGGCAGUUCAAAAAUCAAAUGCGAUCUACCAAAGUCCACCCAGAUACUACCACCUAUAAUCUGCUAGUAGGUGCUGCUUGUACAUGGGGUCGCUUGCGGUUGGCAUUUCAGUUGUAUGAUGAAAUGCUAAAAAGGGGAUGUCAACCUGAUAUCAUUACUUAUACUGAGCUGGUUAGAGGGCUCUGUUGGAAGGGUCGAUUAAAGGAGGCCGAAAACCUUUUGUCGAGAAUGCAAGAAACUGGUAUAGCAAUGGAUCAUGUUCCAUUUUUAAUACUAGUAAAGAAAUAUACCAGAUUACAUCGACCAGAAGAGGCAAAUAUAGUUUACAAAAAGUGGUUAAUGACGAGGAAGAGCAGUAAUGCGUUGGUUUAAUCAAGAAAGAGAGAAGUUUAUCCUUCUGGAAAUGCUAAGUUGUCUCUCCGGUAGUUGUUAUACGGACAUCUGAGCUAAGUUCAGUUUCUUUUGAAAACAUCUGACAUGAGGAACAACAGAACCUGGUUCCAGAUAUCAAGCUUGGUGGAGUCGCAAGAAGUCGCUUUGUUUCAUGCGAGGAAUUCUCAAAUGGUUUUGAUGGAUGAAUUGGGCGUCCGGUGCACACAUUCAAAAAUCUCCCAAUAUACUUUCACUGUUUGAAACAUCCCUCAUUACAAUUUGCAAUCAAAAUGUGAAUAUGUCACUUGCAACCAUGACUCUCGGGUCAGCUACGAUUAUGUUUAUUGCAUUACAACUUCAAAUUGGUAGUACUUUGAUA